GAGGCAGAGAGCUUCGCGUUGAAGCAAGUCCAUCUGGAGCUAACGGAGGAGGGGAGCAACGACAAGGCAGACCCGGAUUGGAUUAUGUACCUCGACCUGGAGCCAGGCUUGUUAAAGAUUGAUGACUCGUCAGCCACCACAACUUCCAUGCCAGUGAUGGGUAAAACUGAGGUUGUCUACACCCGCAACAUUGAGAAGGAGAUUGGCAUCGGGCAGCUUGGAUACAUACAAGAGUUGAUGAGGAUUCACAAGAUCCCGGUGAAUGCCUUGGACAAGAUACCUAUUUCCAAGGAAUUGGUGGCAGAAAGAGAUGCAACCAGCAACAUCUACUUCAUCAUCAAGGCAUCUGGUGCAGGACUUCGUUACCGAACAACCGGAGCAGCAACAGCCAUCAAGUUCGUCAUCACAACAGGUAUUGCCACCGCAAUCGGUGUUCCAAGAGCAGACAUCGAGUUCUAUAUCAAGGAGAAGGGUUCACAGAACGCCAAGCCCUCCACCCAGGCCGCCAGUGGUGACAACUACACCCUCUUGGUCACCACCGGAGAACAGGGGGGAGACCGUAAGCGAGAUGAGAAGAGUCUGUGUGGACUCAUGCUCGCUGAUGAACUGCGAGGCCUUGAAGGAAGGUCUGAGAACGGAAGGACUACCUGUGAGUGGGGUCAAGGACGAUCUGGCGAGAAGGCUAGGAGAUAG